UAACUUAGCUAAGCUAGCUUGCGACUAUUAGAUGCGGGUAGCCAUAGCACCGUUAUCAGACCUAACUGUCAUCAUGUAACGUUAAGCUCCUUAGUUAACAAACGGCAAUGUUAGCUAUUAUGCUAGCUUGCUUCUAACUUUAGCCACAUAUCACAGGAAAUGACGCCUAACGACUAAGUUAGCUAGUUGUUUGUUUUGUUUGAGUGUCUUCCAAAAAAUAACGUUAAAGGCAUUGUUUUUUUGUUGUGGUUUUUUUAAGUAGGGUUGUAUGAGGUACUUAUUCAUAGACAGUAUACUAUACACAGUAGAUGUCAGUCGGCACGCCUCCAGUUUGGAGAAGUAGACAGGAGUCUGACAUGAAAGCGAAACAUCUACUGAUGUGCAGGUGUCCGCAACAAAACGUAUUUUUGCCACCUAUAAAAAGUCCCACCUUAAAAAGUUCAAUAACGGUUUGAGCGUACACUAUAUUGAGAAUAUGGCCACUGCUUUAUCUCACUGCCAGACGGUGAUUACUAACCAGGAAAUGAAGCCAUCAAGGUAAUCUCUUCAGUGCCAGACUCCAUUGAGAAAACCAGAGAUUAAACGAUGCCCUACAUAGGAGCGGCUGGUCUACUGCUGCCUCCAACAGCUUCUUUGUUUGUGUUAUAUUGUGACUUUUGUGAAUCCAAACUAACCCUUUUAAAAGCCAAAGUCACUCAAUAAUACUAACUAACUAACUGAUCAAGCCGGUGGUAGAUCAACAGCUCCCAUGGUCAGCAAGCUAAAAUUACUGUUUUUAUCAAUGUAGUCUGGUGGCUGUAUUAGAGCACAAAUGAGGAGCUGAAGCUGUCAAAACCGGCUGUCUGGCAGUAAAGUGAUGAGAAUACUUUAAGUAUAGCGUACGCUUAAACUGAUAUUGAAAUUUUUAGAUGGAACUUUUGUGUCAGAGUCCUGCUUGCUUCUCCAAACUGGGAGCAUGCCGACCGCCAUCUACAGCAUGUGAUACACUGACUAUGGACUCUGCCAUCCACACACAGAAGCACGACAGUGACCCAGCUUUUGUGAGGCUAAGGAAUCCUGCUACAGAUGUGGCAUCUCUGUAUAUGCUCAGUAGUGGGGACGUACAGCUGUUUGAGGUCAAAGCAUUUGAAGAAGAUUUCCACUCCUGGUUUGUUGGUCAGACUGUACAGAGAGAUGGGAGACUUCUCUUUUUAACACCGAUGGAUCCUCUCUAUUUAAUUUUGCCAUAUUUGAUUAAAUCUGGCAGAGAGGGGAAGUUCCAGCCGGUGGAUCAAGUUGUUAUGGACGAGGAAUUCCCAGCUUGCUCAAGGCUGCUGAGCUGCACACGCUCCCUGGCCUCCCUGCACCACAUCGCAGAGGAAAAAGAGGUGGGAGGUCUGAAGUUCAAUCGAUACAGUGAAGAGAAGACGAUGAAUUGGUUGAAGAAAAAGGUGGAGAGGACUGUCACUGCACUCAAAGCGAGAAGUAUCUCUGUGGGAGAAGGAGUCAAAUCCACAACGUACGUCAGAAUGAAGUCAGAGUCGGACCACUGUGAGGAGGACUACCUACGCUAUGCUCAUGGCCUGAUAUCAGAGUACCUCAGUGGGGACCUGAGCAAAGCCCUCCUCAAUCACCUGCAGUUACCAGAGCUCACAAGCCCAAAGGAGACUGAACCUCCUUCCAAGCCGCCCAAGAAGAUGACUGCUGCUCAGAAAUCUCUGGCGAAGGUGGACAAGACCGGCAUGAAGACGAUGUCAUCCUUCUUCAGCCCCAAGGUCAAAGCAGAAAAAUAAGUGAAUGUUGUACAGUUUUUGGUUUUGUAUAUGAAACAUUUGUAAUAAAGAAAAGGAAAUGUA